AAAAAAAUAAGUAGAUCUAUAAAACACAAGAAAAUCAUUUUUUUUUGUCUAGAAACUAAAAAAAAAUCUUAUUUGCGUUGUUAUGACAACCGGCAUUGACAACAACCAAUGCACCAUAAAAAACAUAUAUACAGUAUUUAUAACAUAAAUGAUAUGCGUAGUAGCUGUCCACACCUUGUAUGAUGACGUCAUACUGUUCUUGACGUCACGUCGAUUAACUAUUUAAAAGCAAUUUUACUCUUGAAGUAGUAAAGGUUCCUUUUUUACAUUUUCACAUUUGAAAGGAAAAAAAAACCACUAGAAUCUACUUUCAUAUCCAGUAGAUCUAACACCAAAUUUGAUUGUUUUGUCACUGUUACUAGUACGGAGAGGUUCGUAAUAUAAUAAUGGCCACCCCACCUCCUUCGAACGAUAUGGGGGUAUGUUUUGAAAUGUCGAUUGUAUAUUUUGUUUAAGCUCUUUUCCUAAUCUAGUUCCUUAUGUGACCGAGGCAAUAGCUGACAUGGAGGACGGCAGCAUUUCAGAUGUUACCGGAGAAUUUUUCAUUGAGGACGAUUCGUCGGUUGAUCUCGGUGACCUGGAAUAUAUAAGGGGAAUAAGGGUAGAAGGACCUGGAUUGUUUACUUUGCUACUGUUCAGUGGCUCGUGUGAAACACUAUUUGAUGAUGACUUCCAAAAUGAAGAAGAUAGGUACCAUGGCUUCCACACAGGAACUGUUAAGAAUUUCGAAGCAGCAAUCACCUAUAACUUUGCCCCAGUUCUUGCAAGAUGUUUGUACUUCAACUCCACAAAAAAUCUAAAAGACCAUAUCGUCAAGGUAGCAAUGGUUACAAGCAAAUUCUUAUUGGCAGAAUACAUGACAGUGCAUGCUGAAUGGAACAAAGCCGAAUGUGGCGAUUUGGAGGUCAUGUCUAGGAGAGAUAUCAUACCCGACUCAGCGAUUGACAUUCACCAGAUUGCUCAUGACGUUGUCGACUUCGCUAACGGAAGUGUUUAUCCCGUACCCGCGGUAUCCUACGGUGUUGUAGAUAUACAUCUUGAUGACAUAAAAGAAACUUGGAUUGAAAGUCUAUCAAUAUGGGCGUCGGUAGCGGUGGCAGUGAAGAUAGACAUUUCAACAGAGAGGGGGUGCACUGAUCAGAUAAGAGGAUAUGCACAUAAUAUGUCUAUAAUCGGAGAGAUAAACACAGAGGUACCAGCAAAUACUCUCACUGCUGAGAGGUUCACGCUGCUAAAGAGGUCGGGUUUUACGACAUUCUGUGGCGAAAACAUAACUACCAUAAUAAGUGCAGUGGACCCAACUGCAGUUGCAAUUUUCACAUUUACACUGCAACUGUACGGAUGUGUUUUAGACGCUGGAAAGGCGAGUACAUCAGUCACGCCAUCUUUCACCUCGCUACUGCCUGUCAAUCGUAAUACAACUUCGACUCCAACAGUUUCACCGAGCAUAGAAACAGAUGGAAGUGGAGAUUACCAUGCUACUGAUGCUACAACAAUAGCCCCAACACCGGUAGAUAAUUCAGUCACGACAACUACAAAACGACCAGACGACAAUUUGACCACAACAACUACACAACAGGCAGACGUCAAUUCAGUCACGACAACUACACAACAACCAAACUACAAUUCAGCCACUUCUGUCACACAAAGUCAAGACACCACGACUACACAAGGUCAUGUCAGUCCGACUACACAAGGUCAAGUCAAUCCAAAUACACAAGGUCAAGUCAAUCCAAAUACACAGGGUCAAGUCAGUCCGAUUACACAAGGUCAAGUCACUCCAACUACACAAGGUCAAGUCAAUCCAAAUACACAGGGUCAAGCCAAUCCGAUUACACAAGGUCAAGUCAGUCCAACUACACAAGGUCAAGUCAAUCCAAAUACACAAGGUCAAGUCAGUCCGACUACACAAGGCCAAGUUAACCCUACAACACAAAAUCAAAAUAGUGAGUCAGUCACCCAAACUACAAGACAAGUUGGCAAUCUGCACACAACAAUUGUUCCUUCUCAAAGUUGCACGUGUACUAACCUGACGAGAAAUAUCACACAGGAAGAGUUAGAUAUCAUUGUAAAAGAACUAAUCAGGAAUCUCACUGUUCCAGCUACUGAGACGUCGGCAUAUAAAAGGACAAAAAUGUCAAUGCCCGACGAGCGUCGGUCGUCGGCGGUAAUUGGAGCAGUAGGAAUAACUAGUAUGGUAACUGUGACCGGGGUUGUCAUAGCAAUGGACGCAGCUCAUAUUUUGAAUGCGUACAACUUUAUUAAAUCACUUUUAAGUCGAAAUUAGUGUGUUGAAACGUGAUUCACUUCUAUUAAGAAAUGAGUAUAGUUUUAAGACAUGUACCACUGACAAAAAUGACAAUGGUGUAGUACUCGGACACUGUAGUACUCGGACACGUACAAAUCUUCUUAUGUCUAUUUUUCAAGCAUAUCGUGUCACACGUGCAUCGCUCUAACAUGUGAAAAACGGAAACGUAAGAUAGAGUCUUUCGUUUAAUUGCUUAUCUUUUCAAAACAAAGUAUUUAGUGUACGUUCAGGUUAUUCAGAGUAACAUUUCCAAAGGCAUUGAAUACGUUAUAUCUAGCAGUAUUUAUUGCCAUUUAACAAUGUCAGAAUCACGGCAGUUUUUGAUACAUUUUAAAGUGUGACAUGCGAUGUAAACAUAAAUUUUCAAAAUAUUGUCAAGUAUUGUGGUUGCACUGCAAUGCUACCGUACACUACGACAAAAAGUGUUUGUAUUUAAAUUAAAAUCCUCAAUGCACGUGUUUCACUAGCUUGUUCAUAUUGUUUUGCUUUUUUUUUGCUGUUAUCUAAUAAUAUUUGUUUCAUUAUAUUAUUUAAUUUAGUAUCAUUUUUUCUAUUGAAAUUGUUUAAUGCUUAUUGUUUGAUAUGAAUUCAGUGUCAUUUAAAUAAAUUUUCAGUUAUGUAAUGGCGGCCUAUUAAGACACCCAUUGACCCCGAUUUUGUAGCAUUACAGCCGGGAGGUGAUAUUAAAAUAGCAGAAAAUGCUCCAAUGUGAUAUUACAACA